AUAUGCUCUUCAUUCAUAUUCAAUGUUCUAUUACUUAUUCUGAUCAUUGAGAGCACAAUCAAAAUGGUAGUUCUUCCUUGCAGGUUGUUUUCCCUUCAAUGUUUUCUCCUCCUCAUGAUAAUGGUGUCUCAAGCCAGAGCCCAGCAAGACCUUUAUUCCAUUUGCAUGAAUGGCAAAGGAAACUACACCCUCAACAGCACCUACCACAACAACCUCAAAACCGUCCUCUCCACACUCUCUUCCAACACAGAAAUCAACUAUGGCUUCUACAAUUUCUCUUAUGGCCAAGGCAUAGACAAAGUUUCAGCCAUAGGAUUCUGCAGAGGAGAUCUCAAACCUGGUGAUUGUCUCAAGUGCCUCAACAACUCAAGGGUCCUCCUCACACAACAGUGUCCAAACCAGAAAGAAGCAGUUGGGUAUAUUGACAACUGCAUGUUGAGGUACUCAAACAGGUCCAUCUUUGGCACCAUGGAGAUUCGUCCUGAGAUUUACUUGGCGAACGUCAACAAUGUAACAAAGGUGGAUGAGUUCAACCAAGCGCUGAGGAGCUUGUUUUAUGAUUUGAGAAACAGGGCUAAGUCAGGGGACUCUCGUUUAAAGUAUGCUACUGGAAAUGUUUCUGGUCCAGAUUUUCUAGAUUUGUAUGGUCUGAUGCAGUGCACUCCUGAUCUGUCUAGCCUGAAAUGUGAUGAGUGCUUGUCUGGGGCUGUUGGAGAGUUGCCAGGAUGUUGUGAUAGUAAGAUAGGUGCGAGAGUUAUUAGACCAAGUUGUAAUAUUAGAUAUGAAACCUACCCGUUCUAUGAAACGCCACCACCACCACCACCACCACCAUCACCAACACCAUCCUUAUCAACACCACCAACUUCAGAAUCCACUAAUAGUACAUCCUCAGAUGGGAAGAGCAACACAUCUAAAAUUGCCAUAGCCAUAGCAGUUCCGGUUGUUGUUGUUGUACUGGUGCUAAGUUCUAUCUGCAUCUAUUCACGAGUGAAGAAGCCAAGAGAAAAUGUUGAAAUUCCUUCACAAGUUGAUGAUGAUUAUGAUGAUGAAAUCAAAAACAGUGAGUCACUACAAUUCAACUUUGACACCAUACGAGUUGCUACAAAUGACUUCUCUGAUUCUAAUGAGCUUGGACAAGGCGGAUUCGGAGCUGUUUACUGGGGUAAGCUAUCUAAUGGACAAGUUAUUGCUGUCAAAAGAUUGUCAAUGAAUUCUGGUCAAGGAGAUACAGAGUUUAAGAAUGAAGUGCUCCUAGUGGCUAAGCUUCAACACAGAAAUUUAGUUAGGCUUCUCGGUUUCAGUUUGAAAGGGAGAGAAAGGCUCCUUAUCUAUGAAUUUGUUCCAAAUAAAAGUCUUGACUACAUCAUAUUUGAUCCAAAAAGGAAAGCACAUUUGGAUUGGGAAAAGCGCUAUAAAAUCAUACAGGGUAUUGCUCGAGGCCUUCUUUACCUUCAUGAGGAUUCGCGGUUGCGCAUUAUACAUCGUGAUCUCAAAGCAAGCAAUAUUCUCUUAGAUGAAGAGAUGAAUGCUAAGAUAUCAGAUUUUGGCAUGGCAAGACUGAUUGUUGUGGAUCAAACACAAGGAAAUACAAGUAGAAUUGCUGGAACCUAUGGAUAUAUGGCACCAGAGUAUGUAAUGUAUGGACAAUUUUCAGUAAAAUCAGAUGUCUACAGUUUUGGUGUGCUGGUUCUUGAGAUUAUAAGUGGCCAAAAAAACAGUGGUAUUGGUCAUGGGGAGAAUGUGGAGGAUCUAUUAAGCUUUGCAUGGAGAAACUGGAGGGAGGGGACACCUACAAAUAUUGUAGAUCCAACAUUAAACAACAGUUCAAGAAGUGAAAUGAUAAGAUGCAUUCACAUUGGUUUACUUUGUGUUCAAGAAAACAUAUCUACCAGACCACCUAUGGCUUCCAUUGCACUCAUGCUUGGAAGCUAUUCUCUGACUCUUCCUGUGCCUUCAGAACCUGGAUUUUUCGUGGGUAGAACUAGAAGCCACCCAAACACGUCUUCGUGGGAAGACAAUUCAAGGGAAACAAGAUCAAGUGAAUUGAUACUCAAAUCAGCUCAAGAAUCAAUAAAUGAAGCUUCAAUUACUGAGCUGUACCCUCGUUAAUUGGAUUCUGGUCAUUGGGGUGAUGAUAGUAUUUACUUAUAUCAUCUAUGUUUCAACCAAAAUAGAAUGUCCUUCGGAUUUGCUCGUGUAAAGACUUGGUUGGAUCUUAUUCGUUUAAAGUGAAUCAGAAACUGUAAUAUAACAUUCAGUUGGUUUUGAAGUAUAAGGUUUGACACGUUUGUUAUGUAUUUAUGUAUUGAUGUGAGAAAUCUGAUUUUGUGUUGCAUCUGUUA